ACAACACUAAGAACAACCUCUCUUCAUCUACAAACCUCCUUCAAUCCCAUCAAACAAAGCAUGCAGAGAUCAAAAUCCAGUGCCAGAAAUGUUCCAGAUAUUGAAAUGGCUGCACAUCCUCCUGUUGAAGUAGGUACCAGGGGGACUGUGGGAUCUUUGGUACUGCAAGAGAUAGAGUACUUCAGUCGGCUUGAAUUAAACUGCCAAGAUAGCUCGAAGAAGCCCCAUUUGAAUGUCAAAGAUGUUGGUGCUUCUUCUAGUAGUCAGUCCAGACCUCUUGUUGGGCCUGUUAUAGCAACUCAGAAGAAGAAAAAGAGAGGAGGCAGAAAGCUCCGACCAAGCAUGUGUUCCAUGGUGGAAAUUUCAGAGAACAGGUCAGUUGGGAUUCCAGGGUUCAGUUACAGGAACCUGAAAUCUGAUGAGAAGAAGUUGCAGGUCUAGAUAAUGCUCUCAGAAAGCUUAAAGAAUCCAAGCUUCUUGAGACGCUUUGUUAUAGGGCUAGCCCAUGUCUAUCCGGAUUCCCACAUUUUAUGUCCACAGCUUCAACAGUGUUAGAUACUUUUUUGUCACUUUU